AUGGCUGGAGAGCGCGCGCCACCGCUUGGCGCGCCGCUCGUUCCAACGAAAGUGCCGCCGGAACAAUGGAAGAUGAAAAACGGCGCAGAGAUCACAGUGGACUCAAGACGCCUGGGCUGGCUCCCAGACGACUGGGGACAGGGCCUCACAGGCCCAGGAGGCAUGUAUCGAGUCUUUGUCUCUUCUGAUGGCCAUGCCUACCACGACAAGCACUUUGCCCAUAUUGUGGAGUAG